AUGGAACCAAAUGAGCCCGACGGCUUACAGCACUAUGUGACCUUGUCAGAGGAGCCGACAAUUUUCGAACCUAUGAGCAGUGUCAACAGUAUUUUUACACUCCGAUCCCGUGGUAUAAUGGGCGUUAAUGUGAAGUCACCAGAUGCAUCGCGACCAUCACUCAAUUUUCGGAUUGAAGAUCAUGGUGAAGUGUUGUGCAUCAAAUUCUCUCCGGACAGUCGUGUACUUGCUAUCCAACGAACUCCACAUUCCAUUGAUUUUCUCAACUUUUCCAAUGGUUCGCCAAUCUCUUCUGAGUAUUCGCAUACGUGCAAGGGCAAGAAGAUAAAGCUUCUCGGCUUCGUAUGGACUACCUCCACAGAGAUUUUGCUUGUCACUACGGAAUCUUUGGAAUUGUAUCAGACCGCGGGUACAAUAACUAAGAUCUGCAAGUUCUCUCUCCCAAGCAACCUAGCUCUCGACAAUGCCCAACCCGACACGGUAUCUGCAGUUUUACAAAACAGCUGCCUACUGGCGUGCAUUGACGGCUUGGUGAAACUGACGGAUGAGUUACUGGUUGAGACCAAUGGCCAGUUCGCUAUCAGUGUGGUGGAUAAUGUUGUGCUCGUUCACUGUCGAAAUGAGCGAGUCACUUGUGUCUACGACCUUGCGUUCGGUGGUCAUGUGCACGAUGGUAUCUCGAAACAUCGUCCUGUGUUUCCGCCGGAAUCUAUCGGACCUCUGACACUGGCUUCUAACACGGUCCCAGCUCUGUCCUCCAAUUUGGACGCCAAAAUUCCUGUUGAAUUGUAUUCUGCCCAUUGGAUCACAAAUUUACCGUCUGUAGUUAUCGAUGGAAAUCUUGGUUGUCUUUGGACCUUAAAAUUGAAUAAUAAACUGAUUCCAAUGCUAAUUCGAAAACGCUCCCACGUUGUGGAUUUCUUAGUCAAUCGGGAGGAUGGCAAACGGAUUUUACUCGAUUACUGCACUACUCUCUAUAAUCAAUCUGUUUCCGAGGCCUUGAGCUAUGAGGCAUCCGAUUUUGAUGGAGACUAUAGCUUCCACGCCGAUGGGCUGAACCAGAGACUUGACGAUUUUGCUUAUAUUUUCAAGCGGUUCGCGGAAAUGCGUCAUCCACAUUCGCGCCGAAAGUCUCCAGUUCACCCUACUAUUCUGGGGCCCUACUCGAGCUUUUCCACUCUUCCCGCAGAUGAGGAAACAGAGAACUCGGCCGCAUCAAGGAGGAUGUCUAUGGCCAUUGAAGACGGGUAUGCCCCAGCAUUCCAACGUCCUUUCACCGUUUCCCAAAGUGACGUGUACACCCAUAUAUUUCUCGUCGCGCAGGGGAAUGAGUCCCACGUUGUGGAUUUCUUAGUCAAUCGGGAGGAUGGCAAACGGAUUUUACUCGAUUACUGCACUACUCUCUAUAAUCAAUCUGUUUCCGAGGCCUUGAGCUAUGAGGCAUCCGAUUUUGAUGGAGACUAUAGCUUCCACGCCGAUGGGCUGAACCAGAGACUUGACGAUUUUGCUUAUAUUUUCAAGCGGUUCGCGGAAAUGCGUCAUCCACAUUCGCGCCGAAAGUCUCCAGUUCACCCUACUAUUCUGGGGCCCUACUCGAGCUUUUCCACUCUUCCCGCAGAUGAGGAAACAGAGAACUCGGCCGCAUCAAGGAGGAUGAACCCUCAUGUCCGUUCUCUUCUAUACGCAGUCCUGGUGGAGUACAUUCGUUCACUUGUGGAACAUGAGAUCCAUGUAGAUCAUUCUGUUCAUGAACUCUUGAUCAGUACGAUCGCCCGACUGGAACAAUACGAUCAGCUGAGCUAUUGCAUUCAAAGUCGUCUGUUAGCCGAUUCAAAACCGAUUGCGUUACAGUUGCUAGCUUUGGAGUCCGUCUAUCCUGCAGCUGGCCAGCUUGCAAUUGACAUGCUGAAACGACUGAGCUUUUCCAACGAAGAGGUUGUGGAGGUACUCCUGCUCAAAAACAGAUUGAUCGAAGCUCUCCGAUUUUGUCAGAUGCGCCCACAUCUGUUGCAUCAAUCACAGCAAGAUGGCUUGUGUCAAAGGUUUCUAGAGUUGGCCGCUCAGUCAGAGGACCGGAUGACGUUUUACAAUGUCUUCCGCUUCUUUCAACUGUUCGAUCGUAAUGGCUCGUUUCUGAAGGAAGCUGGUUAUGAACCUCUAAUGAGAAAAUUCCUGGACACCUUUGGAGAAGAGCCAUCAUCUUGACCAUUUCUUGGCUAAUGGAGGCGUCUCUCAAUUAUCGUUUAACAGUCUGGACUUGUUACUUCUCCGUGUACAAAAUUUACUGGACCUCGUAUCUUAAGAUUUCUACUCAAGGGCAUGUGAUAUUAAUCAUGAACAAAGACUGUUCUUUC